GACUUCGAGCCCCUCAAGUUAUUGGGCGUGGGCGGCUUCGGCUCCGUACUACUCGUGCGGAAGAAGGACGGCAAGCAACUCUUCGCGCUCAAGGUGAUGAAGAAGGCUACGUAUGCCAAGAACCGGUUGUCCGAGCACGCGUUUUUUGAGCGGAAUCUGAUGCUGGUUGCCAGGCAUACGUUUCUCGUGAGGCUGAGAUAUGCGUUCCAGAGUCGAAGGGACUUGUAUUUAGUGACGGAUUACUUCGCUGGAGGAAGUCUGGAGGACGCUCUCAAAAGAGUAGAAGACAGAAAAGGCUUAGGUCGAGACGCGGCUCGGUUCAUCGUCGCGGAGCUGUCGCUAGGCUUGGACUACUUGCAUGCAAGGGACGUCCUACACCGAGAUAUAAAAGCAGCAAACGUUCUGUUAGAUACGGAGGGCCACGCCCACUUGUGUGAUUUUGGCCUCGCCAAAUGUGUGGAAAACAACAACCAGGGCCCCAAAAGAUCCUUCGCCGGGACGGUGGAGUACAUGGCGCCCGAAUUGUUACGUAAAGGAGACGAGGCGCCGUCGCCUGCCUUGGAUUGGUGGGCCCUCGGCGUUUUGUUAGUAGAAACGUGCCAGGGCAAGACGCCUUUUAGGGCUUCUACUCCUAGACAGUUGAUGCUGAACAUCAUCCGCGAGGCGCCGCAAAUUAUCGGGGACGACGAGAAAUUUAGGUCAGCCGUCGAGAAGUUGUUGCAUAAAAGGGCGUCGCGGCGCUUGCGGUCGGCGGCGCAGCUGGCGAAAAGACGCUUCUUCGAGCCUUUGGAUUUCGCCAAGCUCGAGCGCAAGGAGCUCGUGCCGCCGUUCACGCCGCGCGCCGGCCGCGUGCCGAACGUGCCCGAUCAGGGUUUGGUCAAGAAGUUCGGGCCGCACCGGCCGAGCGACGGCGACUCGCCCCAGCAAAAGGGCGGGUCCGACGAGGUGUCGCUGUCCUUCAAGGGCGAGCAGUUCCAGGGCUUCUCGGUCUUCGCGUCGCCGGCGCCGCCCGUACGUCGCAAGAGCAGUAAGGAUCUCAAAUAA